UAGGGAUGAACCAGAAAAGCAACACACACACACACACCCGGACUUGAGCUUGGAUUAUCUUCCAUACAAAAUACAUGAUGAUUUUUUUGGUAAUUACCUUUCUGCUGCAGGGAGCUCAGGCUGUUACAGGUGUAGCCCUGGACCCGUGCUCUGCCUACAUCAGCUUGAACGAACCCUGGAGGAACACAGACUACCACGUCAACCAGUCGUCUGGCGUUCCACUGUGCGACAGCCAUGUGUCUGGUGAAUGGUACCGCUUCACUGGCAUGGCUGGGGAUGCCAUGCCCACCUUCUGCAUCUCCGAGAACCACUGCGGCACGCACGCCCCCAUUUGGCUCAACGGCAGCCACCCCCAGCUCCACGAGGGCAUCGUCUCCCUGCCCGUCUGUGCCAGCUUCAAUGACAACUGCUGCCAGUGGAACGCCAGUGUGGAUGUGAAGGCCUGUCCUGGAGGAUACUUUGUCUACCGCCUGCCCAGACCCUCAGUCUGCUUCCACGUUUACUGUGGCCAUUUCUAUGACAUCUGUGACGAGGUGGAUUGCACAGGUCCCAGAUGUCCGGAAUCCGACUGUCGCUGCGCUGCUGGAACUGUCCUGGGACCAGACAGACAAACAUGUCUAGAUGUGAAUGAGUGUGAUAAGGCCAACGGUGGCUGUGCGGAGCUGUGUGUGAACACCAAAGGAUCCAGACGUUGUGAGUGUGGACGAGGCCGUGUGCUGGAUGACGAUGGACGCAACUGUCGAGAGAUAGCAGGUUGUCACGCCAACAACGGAGGCUGCAGCCAUGGCUGCUCCUCACUGCUGGACUCCUAUCACUGCCACUGUCCCCGAGGGCUGGAGCUGGGAGAGGAUAAACGCACAUGUCAGGUGCCGGUCCAGUGUGAUCCCAGCUUGAUCACAGUGUCAGUUCCUAAGGAUCUCGUAGGAGGACUGGAGCUCUUUCUGUCCAACUCGUCUUGUCGUGGCGUCUCCAAUGGCACACACAUCAACCUCAGCUUCAGCCUCAAGACCUGCGGCACAGUGGUGGAGGUGACAGAUAACAAGAUUGUGGGCACCAACCUGGUGACAGGUCUUCCCAGGAGCAACCCAGGCAGCAGCAGAGACUUAAUAGUCCGAACCAGCAAGUUAGUGCUCCCAGUCACCUGUGAAUUCCCCAGAGAAUACCAAGUGUCAGAUGGAUACCAGGCAAGUCUGCGCAACUCAGCCCUGGAGCUGGCAGGCCACAGCGAGGGCAUCUUCCGGUUCUCCCUGGAGCUCUUCAAGAACUCUGAGUUCUCUGAGUCAUACCACGCUCCGCCUCAGCUCCGCCUGCACGACUCCCUGUUCUUCGGGGUGGAGCCAAAGGAGAGAGUGGAGGGACUCUCUGCUCUGGUGGAGAGCUGCUUUGCAACACCAGGGCCCCAAGCUGACCAGGCCCUCAAGUAUUUCCUCAUCAAAGAUGGAUGCAUCUCAGAUGAAACAGUGACACAGUACUCAUCAAAGGACCAGCUCUCUAAGCACUACCAGGUCCCUGUCUUCAAGUUCAUUGGCAAGGACAACCGACAAGUGUUCCUCCACUGCCAGGUGUUGGUAUGUGGAGCAGGAGACUCUCGCUGUGCUCAGCAUUGCCGGGGACGCGUCCGGAGGGAGGUUCAGACGGAUGAACCUCAGGAGCAGCACACACUGAGCGCAGGCCCCGUCUACAUCCUGCCUUAAUUAUGAUACUAACAUGAAGCCAUCAGCACAAACGCCCAUAAAGAUGCCGUGACAACAUGACAUCAGCACAGGCCAGGAUCACAAAAAUUGCAUUUGCAUUUAGAUUAAAGAUGAUCGUUUCAUUUUAUUUGGAGGAACAUCAAAUAAAUGUACACAAAGCCGGUCUGUUGCACUGUCCCACAUACACACCCAUGCAUGAAAAUAUGCAGUAUUCUUUUUUGUUUCUGUUCCUUGAAUUCUGGUUAACUCUUCCAUGUUUGUAUGUCUAUGCGACUUUUCCUUGCAACACAAUUUACCAUCGACAUUAAAGUGAAUGACAUUUCAAUUAGAAGCCA